UUAGCACUUUCGAUCAAAAACAACGUCGAUUUUCCUAUUAAUUUGUUUCCUUAAUUAUCUACGAUCAUCGUCACUACGAAUUCCCUACAACAAUUUCUAGCGGCAAAAGUGACCAACGAAGUUUGUCAAUCUCCAGUUGUAAACAGUCAAGAUGUCGACUGCAGCCAUAGAAGCGCAUUGGAAGCGAUAGAGGUGGAGAGGUCGGUCGAUACUCGUGAGUGUUUUACGGCCGUGUCUGAAUGUGGUCCGACGAGAGGGACCGCCUGACCAACUAACUUGAAUGAUGUUGCUGGAGUGAGUCAAAUCGCAAAAUCGAUUACACAGACAGAUCGAAAAAGCCUGAGAAAGCUGAUUUGUACGCUUGUUCCCUGAGAUGACUUCUUGGCUCGCUGUGUCGCCCGGAUAAGCGCCGAACGAUGUCUUCGGACCCGCACAGUUCCUUGGCUGGUCACGACACGAGCAGUGUCACGGAUUCAACGCUCGAUUUUUCGCUGAGCUAUUCGCUCUAUUCUGGCGGGUCGCUGAUGCAACCUCCGUCAUUGGGACCUCGACAGUCGGACCAUGAUGUCGUCGUCGGAGUCCACCCUGGUCAUCAACGACCACCACACUUACCGCAUCACGUGGCGCAUCAGGGGCAUCAGGGUCCGCCGCCCCAGCAUCAGCAAACCCACGCCCCUCAUCAGACGCACCUUUCCCACCAAACAACACAUCAUGCACAUGCAGCGCCCCCGCCAGGAUUACUUGGCCACCAAUUGUCGCAUCUUUCCCAUCAAGCCACAGGUCACCCCCACCAAAGCACUGCCCACCCCCAUCAAGGACCCACUGGUCACUCGCAUCAGGGAGGUGGCCAUCCCCAUCAGGGACCAGGUCACCCCCAUCAAGGCUCACCACAUCAACAUCAAGGAUCACAGCAUCCACAGCACCAAGGGUCGCCACAUCCUCAACAUCAGGGCUCAUCCCACCCUCACCAAGGUUCACCGCAUCAAGGUCACCAAGGGUCUUCAAUGACACCACACCAAACACCAUCUCACACGCAUCCGAGCCAGCAGCACCACCAUCAGUCGUCGCAACAGCACCAUCAUCAAGGAUCUACGCGGCAUCAUCAACAAGCACCCCCUCAUCUUCAACACCAGGGUACGCUCCAGGGUCACCACAACCUCCAAGGCCCCCAUCAUCAACAGCAACAGCACUCCGCACAUCAAGGGCAUCAGAGCCACCAAAGCCACCCUAGUCAGCAUGUGCAUCAAGGUCCUGGCCAUCCGGGACAGAAUUCCUCUGUGCCUCAGACGCACACUCCCGCGCUCGAUGAAGCUUGGCGUAAUGUUAGCUACGACGAGGCCGUCGAGAGCUCGAAACGCCAAUUAAGCCACGCUGUAUCGAACGCCUUUACGCGAUCACCAUUACCAGAAAAGCGACCGAGAACAGACGGGGCGUUCAAUGGAGACAGUCUGCUCUUCAAAAGUACACUAGAAGGUGCGAUCAAAAUGGAGACAAGUAGUGCGGAUCUUCUUAGUGGCAUCUCUGAGAGCUUUGAUUUCGCGUCUCCUGGCGACGCCCCAGAUGACAAUUCAAGUCUAGCACAGAGUAUAUCUCUUAUACAGCAGACGUUGGAUCAGAGUAUUGCACAAGCUGAGUGCCUUGGUUCGUCUAAUCCACAACAACAGGCUGAACAGCAGCAACCUCAGCCACAAACAGGCUCUGCGCUCGCGUCUAGUGAUCAGGGUAAGGGGGAUCAUAGGUCUAUAAGACUUGAGGAUCCUCGUCAAAGAGAUCAAACCUCGGGCCCUCAGGCCUCCCAUGCGCCGGCACAAACCAGACAACAACAACAAACGAUGUUUCCUCGAGGCCCGUUGCUGUCCCCGGCGGGCUCAAUUUCGAACUGCACCCAGCAGUCAAGCGCUGUGCUCUCACCUAAUACUCCGAUCACACCGCCGGCUUCUAUACGGACCGCACUGCCAGUACCGCAAGUUCCGCCUCUUCCGAACGGGCCAAUGGCCGCGGCUGCAGUCUCAGCCAGCUCACUUUCGUGCGACAGCUUCACGCCCAUCGACAGCAACAAACCCGUAACACUGAAAGAAUACCGACUGGUAUUUACAGAGCAGGUAUUUGAAAAAAGCGGGCAGAUUAUUAGGCGUCAGUUGGUGCAACGUGAGCAGGUACUUGAGAGGACCUUGCAGCUUACUGCCAAACAGAUGGAAGCUGUAUUGCAGUUUGGCCCCACUACUCUCGGCCCCUACGAAGGACCUGACUCUGGAGAAGUUGCUGACAUUUCGAGCAUCGACCAAUUAAGUUCACCUCGGCCUACACCGGUUGUUGUAGCCCCUGCCACGGUCGGCCCCACUAAUAAGGUUGUCGCAAUUAAAUCGCCCCCAAGGCCCACGAUAGCCGGGGCAGACAUAACACCAACAACAUCGUUGAAAGUUAGCACUUUCCUGACUGACAAGCCCGAGCGGAGAUUAUCACUUGAUUCUCUAUCAAUGACGCCUGUUGUUGCCGUCAAAAGUGCACCUACAGCAAGCACUGUCUUCGAGAAUGGGAAAUCGUCGGGGGCGACAGCUCAGCAAGUUCAGCUACCUUUGGUGUUGCCAACAGAUGACAAACAGGACAAGAAGCCUUCGUCGACAACGGCAACGACAAUCCCUGCCAGGCCACGUAAAGCGAUUGAGGAAAAAGAGAAAGAGCCAAAAGCUGACGUCGAUAAGGAUACUUACAGCGAAAAGCAACGCAAAUUAGUAGAUGGCAAGGAGCCAGCGAAGGACGAUGAGCAGAAGGCCAAAGACGAAGAAACGAAGGACGAAGUGACAGCAGCAGAGAAGAGCGACGAUGCGGAGGCCAAAACGGCCCCAUCUGCUGCGGCUGGGUCGGAGAUGGAUGAGACGGGGCCCUUAGCACCCGGUUCGAUGUGCCUCGCCCAGUGGUCCGACGAGCUUUUCUAUAUGGCUACUAUAGUAAAGGUGUACAAAAAUGGACGAUGCGUUGUAAACUUCGCCGAUGGGACACACGACACGGUGAAGGCUGUUCAGGUUGUACCGUUAACCGAGUUAGAGGUUGGGCAGGAUGUCUAUGUCAAAGUGCGGAAUAACUUCGAAUUCGGUGUCAUCAAAGGAAAGACGAUGGUUAACCAGGCAUCGGGUUAUAUCGCAGAGUUGCAUAACAAGAAGACGCUGCGUAUCACACGCGACAGAAUCGUUCUCACUGUGGAGAUGGUUAACACGUACCGCGAACGCCUCAAGAACAAAACGCCUAUUACAGAGCCAACUUCACUUGAAAAAGCUGAAAAAGGUCUCAAAGAUUUCAAAGUAUUGGCAAACAAUCGGGCGACCUCGAGGCGUGGUCGUGGCAUGUCAUCGGGGCUUGACGUCACUAGUUCUGAGGCCGAAACCGACCGCUUAAUGUCAAAGACUCGUCGGGUCCGGUACGGUCGUUCGGAGGCGAGCGUAUCUGGGAUAGCUUCGGUAUCGGGGGGCGGCGUUUCGGGCUCUAGUCUCAACCCACCUACACUAGUGUUUGAGGGAAUGGGCUUCCUGCUGACUGAUACCGAACGGACAGUUAAAGAUUUCUACGGUUCUUCCGGAGCGACUUCGGAUGAUUCGCCGUUCGACUCAGUAUCGAGCAGUGAUCAAAUUGAAUUUAACAAGGAACAGCUACAGACGCUGAUUGAAGAAAAUGGCGGUGUGGUGUUCAAGUCGUUCUCUGAGGCAGAAUGCGCCAGUUCGCUAGAUACGGGCAUACAGGAGCGUUUCUUAUUAGCUCGUAGUCACAUGAAAACACUCAAAUAUGUCUUGUGCUUGGCGGCAGGCAUCCGGUGUCUUGGAUAUCAGGUGGUGCACGCCGCACUAAGGGAAGGCAAAAUGCCGCAUCCUGCCAAGUACCAGCUUCCGGCAGGUCUCUCGGUAUUAACAAAGCUGCCCGUGGAACAGCCGAGUAUUCACUCGCCAAUUUUCGCCGAGAUGACAAUUGCCGUAGUAUCUGAACAAAAUCAAUUUGUAAACACGUGGUCGCAGGUGAUUGUUGCGGCGGGGGGCCGAAUCGUGUCCAAACUGCCACAGAGGCAAAGUCCACAGAAAUCCGGAGCAGCUAACAGGGAGUCGACUGCAGGCGGUCCCGAUGGGCCCAUUCGUUUCAUGGUGACACAAGCUGACUGUUCGAGUCUAAGUCUUCGAUCCGCUCGAUCGCUUCGGGUGUCUCCUGUGUCCUCAGAGUGGGUUGUUCAGUCAAUCAUUCAUGCCAAAGUCCUAGAAGCUGAUGCCCAUCCAUCGUUCGCACAUGACUUCAAAAAAGACAAUUAAUCAUUGCUUGGCGUUCUUGUUUCGUCCUGCUAAUCCAACACACAGACAGGAACAACGAAAAAGGUUUAAUCUAUUUCGUCGUUAUUUUUGCGGUGCUGGACACGGAUAUGGGACAACUUAGGACUUCGAUCUGGCUUCAGUUCAAUGCCAGAUACGUGUAAACUAAAAAGCAGCUGCAAUGAGCUAAGUAAAAUGACAAACAAGUAGAAAUACAAUAGGUAUGAACCAUGGUGAUGAUGCUAAGGAAAAGGAUAAUGCGGAUUAUAGGAUGCUGUUAUAGUUCCGCUGUGCAGUCAUCGUGCUUAAACGUAAUGAAGUUAAAGUAUUGAUGAAAGCCGCUUAAAAAGAAACCCCCAUAGUAAGCCGAGUUGGAUAAUGAUGAUGACAAUGAUUAUGAUGAUUUCGGUUUAAUGAGUUUGCAUAAAGAAGAAUUAUAAGAUAGACGAGAAGCAACGGUAAAUUUAGUCAAGCGUGAGCACGCAGACAGAUACUCCCACCUUAUCCACUCUGCCCCCUUCCGCGCCCCCCACACAAACACACAAACAGACGCACACAGCUAUGACUACGACACAUAAAGGAGGUUACUGUUUUCAUGCUAUGUUUAAUUAUUACGCUAUGGACCACUAAUCUAAUGAACGCCGUUAUAAGGUCCUUACGAAAAUGAUAAUAAUAGCCUGAGUGGAGAUAUCGCCUGCCCUUCUAGAGAAUUGAUCUAAGCAAUUUUCUCAUUGUGGAGACUGUUUAUCAUUAAAUCGAUCCUUUACUUUUAGAGGAAAAAAUGUUCCAGCCAAAUAGUAGUAAGCUAGUAUGUACGGCUACCAUUUGAUUUUCGUUCGUACAUAUGAUAAACUUGUCACCCUUGACAUUAGUUAGAUCUCUGUCCACUUUAGCCAGUUGUGCCUCAAAGCAAAUCGGUGUAAAAUAGUGUGACACAAACGUUUCCUUUGGCUAAAAAUAACUGUGGUAAUAACUGACCUUCCGUCUUCCUUGUAUUAUAGCGCUUAUGCGCUUUCUGACAAGCAUUGUUAUUGGUUUUGUAGACAAAAAAAUAUUUUGUUUCACGCAAAGCAGCGUACUUCUGGUGAAAUCUCAUUGAGUGACUGAAUAAAUGGCUGCACGUAUAGAAUGCACGAUUCAGGCAUGAACAGUCGUCAUAACCACAAGUCGUGGUAGCAAGUGACGCAAAUAGAUCAACUACUGAAGUGGAAUAAUAUAAUUUGUGUUAUCAACUAUCGACCAUCUGUGUAAUUAUAAUGCAUAAAUCAGAUGGAUGCCAUGGUAUGCCAUAUUUAAAUUUGCUUGGACAAACGGAGAAAAACGGAAAUAUUGUUCCGCAGUGAACGAAUUCGUCUUCUGUUUAAGUUUACACUGCAACAAAUAGAGUGAGUGAGAGGGGGGGAUCUAGACGAUAAAUAGAUAACGGUAUUAUGGUUGAACCGUUUAGCGGUAGGACGAAUGCAGAGGGCAGCAGCAAAUAAUACGAUUGUCCUCACCAGUCUAUGCAGUAGACAGAGAGAAAAGGUUGCCCCGGACAGAUCUAAGAUUGCCUGGGGCCAGGAGUCGAUAAAAUAUAAAUAUUGGUCAAGUAGGCCAACAACCUUGUUUAUAUAUGGCAAAAGUGUACAUGGGUAUAUGCCUAUGUUGAAGUAUGAAGAGCUAUAUACUGAUGCAAUUGAAUAUAGAGUCGCUGUCUUGUGGGAAAAGCUAUCUAUAAAUCGCAUCAGUUUAGUAAUGGCACGUUAUUGGAGUCUGAUCAUGCCGUACAAUGCGUGUUAGAUAUGUUCGACUUUCUUCUGUCCGCCUAUACUUCAUUUGCUUCAAUUCGAAUUUCUAUAAAACAAGUAAAUGCUUGAGCAUACGAGAGUUAGAUAGGUUAUGACUCCUGUGAAUAUUGUAUCAGUACUACAGCAUAGUACUAUGUAUGUACUAUGGAAGUGUUUCCGUGCAAAAAAGCUAAGUCCAUCCAAAUAUGUACUUUUUGACUUGAGCUUCUUUCCGCAAAAGGACCUGACAUAAAAUCAGCAAAUUGUAUAUGGUACAAACACAUUUAUUUGCAACAGACUAAUUUGCCAGCUUGUGUUAGCAGAAACUGACAUCACCAAAGCCUAACUACAAACAAGAGAGAGAAAGUCAGCAAUGCAAGCAGUAACAAUUGUAACUUUCGCCGUCGAACAAUCUCAUUUCGAUAUAAAGCUACUAUCCGCGAUUUAAUUAAAACGAUAGACUUGUAUUUUGAAGUAUCUAGAUAGAAGAAAACCUAUUUAUCUUAAUCGUCCAUGGUAUAUAUCUGUCCGAAAUCUAUUAUAAUUAAUCUGUUCUACCGGUUACAUGUUGGCGACAUCAGACACACGUAUGAACAUAGCGUAGAGUCGCUCGAUUAAGGAAACUUGGUGCUUAUACCCUUCAUUCAGUUGUUUUUGGUGGCUUUUGUAAUGCACAUCGACCACGUUGUUAUUUCAGGUCUUCUCUGGUUUAUCGUACCUAAUCGGUGUGUUUAUAGCUGAUAUAUUUCCGGUUCUUAUAGUACACUAAAUGACGUAGCUUUAAAGCUUCUGCCAUAGAUUUGGAUCUGGUUCGUCUAGAACACUAUUAGGGGAAACGAGUAGCGUAAUUGCAGUUCUUUAUUGCUAGAACAAAUAAACAUAGACAAAAUUCUUCUUAGUCGCACAAAAAUUUGCCUUAAUGUUAUCAAACAAUGGCGGUGCAACGAAUAACAACUCUGUGAAGAUGCCAUGCUUGUACACAUUCGUAAAUAAGCUAAACUUAGUAGUUUUAUAAUCCUAGGUUCGUAUAGAGAAACAUGUAGUGUAUGUCAUUGGGGAAUCCACUUGAAGUGACAGCAAUCUGUUAAUCGCGAAGAUUAAAACAACACCCACAUGAUGGUGAAAAGCAUUUGUCUGAAAUGUGAAUCGACCAUCAAAGCUGAGCCAAUUCGCUGAGUCACAUAGAUCAGCUUAUAUUCUUCUAAACCUAGCCUUCCUCCUCUUCGACCGCGUACGAAGUGUUUGCUCUUCUUUAGCCCAAAACAGAAAAGUCCUUAUAUUUUUACGAGUAGCGUCUGAGAUGCAUAUGUCAUCCAACAGAAUGGUUUUCUCGUAGUAGAGUUAGUAGAACGCAGAUUUAUUACAAAACGACAAUGACGACAACCGAGCAAAGCAGUCGUCUUAAAUUGCCGCUAUACACUGGUAGGCAACCUGCUAGCAUCUGUCAGUAUGCGCCAACCUGUAAAACUUUUCAGUGCUUUGAUGCUGUGUACAUAUAUGUAUGCAUAUAUGUGUAUAUAUAUAUACAUAUAUGUGUAUAUAUAUACAUAUAUAUGUGUGUAUAUAUACACACAUAUAUAUAUAUAUAUAUGUAUAUAUCUAUAUCUGGCUACAGCAGGCAACAACGACGGUGAUGAUAAUGAUACAGUGGAGCAGAAAAAGUAUUACUCGCUUGCUGAUCGUGGAAAUAAGAGAGAAUACAAAUAUAUACUAUAUAGUGCCGAAAGGACAUUGAAAUCGGAUGAAAUAAACUAUCGAUCGAUCGAGAACAACCAUAUCGUGUCGAGAGUUAGUGCUGCUAGUCGGACGGUUGGACAUACAUUAUGAUACUAUUGAUAAUAUAGGUUAUUAAUACUACUAUCAUAGUAGAUGAUAUUUAGAAAGAAAAGACAAAAAGUGUGCGAAGGGAAAAUAGCAUAUUAACAAUGAUGAUAAUGAAUGGGGUCGAACUGUAUCGUGGUUAGGCUGGGCAAAAGGCGACAACGGUCAAAUGUAAAAUGGCCUCUCAUUGAUUGCACGAAAUUAAACCAGAAACGUGUAUAUAUGACUGUACAGAAUUAUUGACGAGGAGAUUGAUAAUAAUAAUAUGUCGAAUUUCAUUAAUGAUCGAUGGCACAGCAAAAAAAUGACAAAGAUUAACAAAAUAGAAAACAGCAAAACUGUAACGACGGUGAUUAUUAGAGACCCUAAUAAAUAAUGCACAAUUUUAUU